UCUGUGUCAGACCCAAAGCGGAGUAAAAUAAUAAUUCCUAUUUAUUAGCAAAAAUAGUGGUGAAUUAUUAUUAAAAUGGUGUCGCGAAGUCUCACGGAAGUCUUCGUGCUAAUGCGCAACAAUGCUAUCCACAGUCGGCAGUUGUUUUCGGAACAGAAUGAGUCAGAACGGGUCAGGCUCAUGCGCAGCAACUCCAACGACAUGGAGGCGGGGAUGGAGAUACGGUCCGAGAAUGCGCCGCCGCCCUGGACGGAUGCUUUAGAGGAGGCUCAUUAUAUUAUCACUAGGCUAAGGACAAAACUAUCGGAACUCCAAUCAUGCCACUCCCGCCAGAUCCGAAGACCAGCUUUAGACGACACCGGAGAGCAGGAACAUAUAGGCAGACUGACGACCGAGAUCGGCAGACACUUUACACACGCGUAUACCCAUCUAACGGCUAUCAAAGCUCAAGUUAGACAUGGUAACAAAACGGAGCAAAAACUAGCAACGAACGUAGUUUUAGCACUAGUAACCACGCUCCAAGAACUAAGUGUCACCUUCCGGACAGCCCAGUCCAACUAUCUCAAAUCACUCACUUCUAGAGAAGAACGGUCAAACGCCUACUUCGAUCUACCCAACUUCGAAGAACUAAGUCUAGAAGAUGACAACUUACUACCAGAUCUUACCAACAAUCAGACGGACUUGCUUUUCUCACUACCAAGCACAUCAGGUACACAGAAAAAUAAUUUCAUCGAUGACUACGAACAGCAAGCUGAUUUUGAGAAGCCUUCGCUUAAUCAAAAGCAGUUAUUGUUAAUGCAAGAGGAAAAUACUAGAAUGGUAGCGGAGAGGGAGCAAGAAGUCAAUAAAAUUGUGCGGUCCAUAGUAGAUUUGAAUGAAAUUUUCAAAGAUUUAGGACAUAUGGUACACGAGCAGGGAACUAUACUAGAUAGGAUAGAUUAUAACAUUGAGGCUACGCAAGUACAAGUACAAGAAGGCUACAAACAGUUGCAGAAGGCGGAGAGGUAUCAGAGGAAAAAUAGAAAAAUGCAUUGUAUAUUAGUUUUAGCUGUUAUGAUUAUUAUUUUGGUGGUGUUAUUGAUUAUUGUUAAGAGUUAGUUGUUGUUUUAAUUUUGUUGAGAAAUCUAUGAGAGUAUUUUUUACACUAUUUAUGUAAACAUUUUCACAAGCUUUCGUUUAACUGGCAGUAUAUUUUUCAAUAUUUAAUUUACAUACCUACAUAUUAAUUACACGUAAUUAUAUAUAAUUAGUGUAAAAAUUACACACAUAGAAUUGUUUUCAAAGUCUAUAGGCACAGAAAAAUCAAAGGUUCAACAUUGCCUUAUAUUGCGUAGAUAAAUUCGAAAUAAAAUUACCCUACCAUUUUUUUAAUGUAAUAUUUCAUUAAUUUGUCGUCCAUGAUUUUUAUUACAAUAGAUAUUACACAUUAAAAAAUACACAUGUAAUUAUGAACUUAUAGGCACGCCACAGAUAGUCCCUGACAAACUGACAGAUCUGACAGGUUGCAUACAAAUCUUUUUUAAGAUUAUGAAUUUUUCAGACUGUCUGUUGCCGGCCUAAUGUGUACUCGUAUGAUCUAUUUAAUUAAAUAAUGGACGUUGUUGAUCGGACUAAUUUACGUAGCUAAUCCAGCACAUGAGUUUUUAAGCUCAAUCAAAAUCAUUCCUUUGUAAGUAUUCAUUUAAAUUGUAGAAAAUAUUUAUUUUUAACCCUGUAAGUAGUUUAUUAUGGUGUUCUUCCGAACCCGACUGCAAAUUAUAAAGCUUUUGAAUAGUCGCGUUGGUAAAACUACCUUUAACUUUUGGUGUCAACUAUUUUAAUCAAAAACCUAUUUCUGCAAAAUUAUUGUGUAAAUUUCUCGCACGCGAUUCUAGUCUUUACUUUAGCUAUCAUGUAUUUGAAUUGUUAUAUUGAUUACUAAAUAAAUGUAGAUACUUGCCGCCAAAUUGUACCAAAAACAUCCGAAGGAAAAAAAUGGUAUUUCCUGUAAGUCGUAUCUGAGCAUUUCUUUUUUUUUUUGCCACUUUUAUGAAGUGUGAUAUUUUUGAAAAAAAAAAAUGCUAUUUCUACUCAGAAUUACUAGCUUUUUCAA